UACACAUGUUAAGAAAAAGAAUUAAAAAAUAGUAAACAAGCUAUCAAAUGAAAAGCUAUUUAUCACUACUCACCCAGCAUCUAUAAGAUGUGUGGGUACUGAGACUAAUAAUAACAACAUAAACAACAUCCAUAGGGCUGUCACAGGUUUCCUUUCACCGGUUCUUUGCAUUUCAAUAGAAAACAGUCAUGGGUUAUUUUCUUAGAUAGCACAGUACGUCUGCAGAUUAUUACAUUUAAAACCAAGCUUAAUACUAGUUGGUUCAUUUCUAAUUUGUAUGUUGGACGAUAAUGUUAUUGACACGAGUGAAAAAAAUUCAGUCUUAACUGCAAAUUGAGUGAGUCAUGUAGUGCUUACAACACAGAUGAUUCAGAUGAAUUUGCAGACCACAGAGGUGAUAAGAUUAUUACUUUUUUCUUUGGAGGGGGGCACAAAAUAUCGUGUGUAUUGUUCUAUGGAUCAGAAAUCUGGGAAUUACUAGACUGAAAAAAAAAAUAUAAUAAUUGAAUUUUUAAAAUGCAAGUUUCCGUGUGAACGUGUGCUGAAUUCGCUGCAGACAGAAGACCACAAAUAAAUCGAGUGAGCGAUACGAGAAACAAAUGCAUCCACAAACAGAUGACACCAUGACAAAAACAAAACAAAACUGAGUGAAUGGAACACUGUUCUUGAUUAUGAAAGAUAUUUCUUUUUUCCUUAAAAAUAAUUGAGGCUGUAUUUGAAGGCUUCAAACACAGAAAGUGGAAAAGAAUUCCAAGCAACAGGGCUUGACAUGGUGGGUCUGUCGAUUUUCUCCCGUCUGAUGAGUAGCAGAGAUGCGGGCAACACAGGUAGACUAGAGAGGUCGACAGGUGGUCAGGUGGUCUGUAGGUCAGACAGGUUUGCUGGCGAGGUCGUGAAGAUAAGGGUGGCACAGUGUGGGACUGACACCUAGUCAAACACGAGGAGGAGGGGUGUGGCUCGUUCCUUUUUUCGCCCACAGAAGACAGUACGAGCGGCCUUUUCUGAGCCUUGCAAAGUUUCCAUGUAGUGUAUGUAAGUGGUUAGGGAGGUCAACAAGCAGAGUUGGAACACAAAAGCAGUAAUUAACUUUUUGGUGGCAAACACGAGUAGAGUUGGAUGUGACUGAGCAUGCGAAGCGGAGAAAGAUGGACUUACAGACUCCAGUUCAGUGAGAGUCAAGAAAUAAUGAUGUCUAAUGUAACACCUACAUUUCGGACGGUCUAGAAGAGAAAGGGAAACAUUCACCCCAAAGAAAGUAAUGACAGUAAUAAAAAUAUACAAGUCUAUUAUUGGUGUUGGAAGAUGCAAAGUGUUACAAACUUCCUGUUUCUGUUUUUCACUCCAAUGUCUUUAAUUUUUCCUUUUAAUUAUGAAAAAAGAUAUCAUAGAACUUGUUACAUGAUGUUCUGUGUGCCUGGUGGUCCUGGUUAAAAUGCUUUGCUAUUUGACUGAAGGUGACACUUUUUAUCUUUUGCUUUCUUAAAUUAUUAUUAUUAUUAUCAUCAUCAUCAUCAGCAGCAGCAGCAGCAGCAGCAAUUGUAUGAAGAAAAUGCAGACAGUUGGAGAUCAGUAUUACUCUUUGUGAUCAACUGUCACUGGGUAUUACUGUAAGAAAGUUAAGACAGGAUGUGUCGAAGACAGAAAGAUGAAUAAACAGUCCAUCUCUAGUAUAAAAUGUCGGAGAGGGCGGUCAGCAUUAGCUGGAAAUCGCUUUCCUCAGCUCAGUAGACGGGUAGGAGGAUGCGGGAAGUCAGGAGUACCAAAGAAAGGUAUAUGAUAUUUUUGAGGAAGGUGAGUGGUUACCUGUUGUUCUUUGAAGUUACGCAACUGGCUACUAACCAUUUUACCGAUAUAUCUACAGCACGAUGUAAGAUUCAUAUAUGUAAACGAUAAACCUACCUAUCAUUAUCUUUACCUAUGUAUCUUUUAGACUCCGCUUUUAUGGCCCAGUCUUUGGAAUUCCCUGCCUCCGUCUCUCCAUACAGUUAGGAAGCUACAUGCUGUCUGAACAAUAUCUCCAGUAAGAAGUUUACCCCUCUACUUUCUUCACCUUAUCCUCUCUACGGGUCCUCGUGUUCCUGGCAAUGUUCGCUGUAUGAUCGUCUGAUUGUGAUGCCAUUCUCUAUCACAUUACCUACCACCCCUUGUAAAUACCAUUGAACUCCUCUCGGUGUAAGGAAAUGAGCGAGAUAAAGCCUAUUAGUACUGCUGAAGAGGGCCGUGAAUUGAGGACGGCCUCCGUGAGAGCUCGCGAGAAACCUCGGGCGGUGACGCACGGCGUGAGGAGAGAGUCGACAGAUGAAAGCCACUUGUUUUUUUGGUCAUUGAAGACUAGACAAGGAGGAUUCCAUCGCUGGCAAUUGCCGAACAGUUAGCGGCUCCAAACAAUUUAAAGGAGACACAUUCCAGGAGGAUGGACAGGGUCUAACAGACGCCUUCUAAAAAUUAAACUACAAGAAGCUGCUCGUACACAGAGUAGACAAGUACUGAUAGCAGAUGGACACGACAGACGUCCACACUCCUUCUUGGGAGCUGACUUUGAAGGAAUCGCUUUGAUGAAGUGUUUCGUGUUUUUACAGUCUCUGGGCGUGGACUAGCUUGAAAAAAGACAAGCAAGCCUCCAAACUUUCCAGAUUUCUCAACUUCCUGAAACUGUUAAUACAUUAGGGAGUGGAGAUACAUUCACGUUGAAAGAAUGACUGUAAAGAUUGUAUGUUACUACUUAAUAUUCUGGGGAAAAUACUUUCCCAAAAUUUUUGUUUCUCUAAUUGUGAAUGAACUGACAGUGGAGACUAGACAUCUAAACUCUCUGUUAAUAGCUAUCUUUGCAAAUAAACAUCUUGUGGACCACGUGACCUCAAAGGGAAAAACUCCGAGAAAACGCCGAGAAAAAUGGGAUUUCACAAAGAUAAAGGGAUUCUCUGGAAUCCCUGGAUCCUACUGGAGAACAAUGGUUGCAUGUCCAGCCACUCCAGUCCUAGACAAUUCGCUGUCAAUGAGACCGGAUGCGGGGUGCAUGUUUCCCGGGAUGCGCUUCGAAGACCUGAGACUGGCCUCCUUCUUCAACGCUCGGAACCAUCCCAUCAGCCAGUUCCUCAUUCCGUUGGCGCAUGACGGAUACUAUUAUGACGUCAUAUACGAAUAUACCUGCUGCUUCUGCUGCGGGAACAGCUACAGUCGAGGUCACUCUCCCACAUGUGGAGGGAGGAGAGCACAGAGUAGUGUUCCCUUCGCCAGGUGCGCGCUCUACCGCCAGCAGCAGAUGGCAAGAGACCUCGACUUGCAGACGAUCAUCAGCUCGCUCGGGAUCAAGAUAAGGUACCAAACAGUGGAGCGAGGGAUGGAGAGAGAGAGACAGCACCGUCCAAUGGUUCGAUUCCCGCCGAUACUGUGCCCAGCAUGCCACAACAGUCCGCCCAAUGAAGUGGUUUAUUCCUGCCAUCACCGCACAAGGACAUGCGAGACCUGUUCUCCUCUCAGAGACCUUUGCCCCUUCUGUCAACGAGGAACCUCUAACAACCAAAUGAUGACUGAUUACCACCGCAGAAUGACUUGUCCCACGACUGCAAGAGACGAACGCACUUGCGUUUUAUGCAGAAGACACCGAGCCAAUGUCGUGCUGCUGCCCUGUCGCCACCUGGCGGUGUGCACACCCUGUCUCCAGGACAUCCACGCCUGCCCUCGGUGUAAUACCCACUUCGAGCACUCUUUAGAAACAUUGCAGUGACCUCGAGGUCCUUGUCCAUGACUAAUCUUAAUGUUAUUCGGGUGGUCAUGAUAAGGUGCAGAGCUUCUUACAUCCGGGUACUCUCUGGUCUGACUGCUUCAUUCAGCACCUUGAUCUGUUUCUUGAAAUUUGUUCUUUUCUAGUGGUGCACUUGAUGUAAAUGACAGGCUUGAGUACCUGCUGUGAGAGCGAAAUUUAACUUCACUUGUUGGUGUACAACACAGGGUUCAUUUUUUAUACAUAUUGGCAUUGUAGAGAUAAAGCUCACCACCUCGUAGUAUUCCUACCUAACUCCUAGUCAUCUGAAUCUUCCAUCUUUCCUAACUCCUAUCAACUCCUAACGUGGCUCUAACAUUAAUUUGAAAAUCUUAUUUUGGCACAAAGUCGACUAAAGAUUGGUAGAUUUUCUUUCAGAAAUUGGAAAGAACUUGAAAAGAUGCACUGCGUUACCUUACCUGGAGGCUGGAACCGAUUCCAUAUAGUUCAGUCUAGAACAUUCUAGCAUUUAAGUCAGAAUUCACUACAGAUACAAUUUCUUACUUAAAUAGGAUACUCAACAGUCUGACUUAAGUAAGAAUUCAUUAAACUUAGUCAUACCUAAAUUGCAUGGAAUUCUAGCUUAAAAUGUUCCAGUAUUUAAAUACUUUGAAAGUUAGGUAAAGGGUUUUCAUAAUCUAGUAGAGGCAGGAGCAGUUAACUUAUGUGGGUAACUGAAUAUUUUACAAUGCAUGUAAUAAGCAGGACCCAAUCCCCUCUUUCUUCCACAUUUAUCUCCUGUGGUAAAUCGUGUUAUUCAUGUCUACUGAUAACCUUUAGUAGGCAGGAGAAAUUUUCCAGCCAUAAGCCCAAGCGGGUCUCGAACCAUUGACAUAGUUUUCUACAGUACAUGGGCUAUCAGGCUACAGAUCCUUCCCUUUUAGAAUUACUCGUUCAUAAUUAUUUCCAUAUGAUCAACCAGGUUUCAACACCUGCAAAAGUUUUAUUCUCUGACAGUGAGGUACUUUUCCAUAUUUACACCACGAGUGCAUGCUGGGUAAAAUUAUUCAAAUAUGCGUUUGUUAUGUUGCUAUUGACUGUUUUGUAUUCACAGUGGUGUACUUUGGUCAACAUCGGAGUACAUGCUGUUUAUGUGAAAUUCUAUGCAUGCAAUACCUUUUUCAUAGAUAGUUUUGAGAAAACUGAUCGUCUAUUUUUUUCAAAAAAUAUCUCUUUCCUUCGUUUACACUAAAGAGGAUUGCAGACUGUACAGAUUUUUGAAUGCCCGCAUUUUUAACCACUUGUUAUUUUCUUAUUUUAAAUAGUAGUUAUGGUGAUAUUUUCUCUUUACAGUCAAGAUGUGCGACUGGAUGGUAAAAACAGAAUCUGUAAUUGUAAGUUUUGUACAUAGUAAUGGACUAUUUUAAUAUAGGCUUUGUUGAACAUCUGGUUAAAGAUUUUGUGCAUCACCAAACAUGUCAGAAAUAGGAAAAUCUAAUGAUAGUCAAAACUGAAUGCACAUUCAUUUUCUGCUUAAUUUAUUAUAAAAUCCUUAAUAUAUGAGAGAAAACUUUUUUUUUAACAAACUAGUCAACGAGCUCUGUUGUUCACCUGCAAGCAGCAAAGAUCUUAAUUUCAGGUUUGAUAGUUUCACCUCUAGGGACCCUGUGAAAAGCUUCCGGAGACGGAUGAGCGCAAGGGUUUCUAUUUGGUGUUUACUUGAUGAGCCUGACUGAUGUCUGCCUUGUUGUUUCUCUGGCAGACAAGUAUUUAAACAAGGACUACAGACCACAUCACUCUAUUAUUAGAACCACAACCAUAUGGACCACGUGGCUUUGUUAUUAUUUUAACACAAACCACGGUCCCCAAAGCUUUCUCCACUUGAUCUUAAGAUGAUAUGUAGUGAUUUCUUAGCCAUCACACGAGCAAUAAUUCAGAUCUGAUGUUGCAAUUACUGUGAUACUAUUCUUGUACUACUUUUUAAAUUCUUACAUUUUGGGUUUUCUUGUCCUCUCUAGCGAGAGGCCAUCCUGCAAAAUGUUAAAUAUUCAGUGAUUAUCUCCUUUUGUUCAUAAUGACAAUCCAUGUAGGGGAAGACAGGAAUUUGCUGAGUUGUUUGAUUCAUUUCAUUCAUUUGAUUCAUUGACCUAAUUGGAAAUGAGAACAUGUAUGAAGUCGUUCAUACAGUCCGAUGUUUCAAACCACAAUCAUGUCAGGUAAUUCCAAUAUCUGCCACGGGUGAGUGUCAUCUCUAUGUUUAAACAUAAAACUACAUUAAAAAACAUUUUUAAAUGCUGCACGUUGGGAAUACUAGAUAUAUGAACAAUUUCGUUAACUCACAGGAAAAAUGUUGAAAAAUCAUUAGUGAAAAUUUGUUUAUGUAAUAAGACGUAUGAAGGACUUGCUUUGUUUUUUUAUUUUUCUUACACUUAAAAAUGUUUCUGCAAACUGUAAAAAAUAAUAAAUAAAAUAUGUAUUCAAAGCCAAUAGUUCAGUUUCAGUUUUAUACUUUGUGAAUAUGUGUGUCUGUGAGAAAGAGAUAGAGACAAAGAUAUUUAAAUAUUGAUGUUUGGAUUUCCUCCGUAAUACCAUUCAGCCUUUUCACGAGAAAAUGUUUCAUCUAUCAUUAUAAUACUUUAAUUUUGAGUGACAUAUAUAUGUACAGACCUCCUUCACUCUUUCUGUUCGACACCCAGUCUCACCACCUUAUUGCUUCAUGAGGAUUUAUAGUUCCAAGAAGUAGGAGCUGCAUCUUUACAAUACGAGCAUUAGUUGGUAUAUCUUCAAGAUAUCCACACUUUUCUAUUUUAAACAGUGCCACGCAGACAUUUCGAUAUUAUUUCAUCUGAGAGAUUAAGAUAUGAGAGUAAAUGUUUCUCUCUAAAGAGACUUAUAAAUCCACUUCUCCAGCCAAGUAAUUUUGUCGUUUUGUCAUUUCACAAAGAACUUCUUAAAAAACUCCAACAGACCAAAGGAGGAAGAAGGUUUUAUGCUUUUAUUUUCAGACGAUUUGAAAACAGAAAGACAAGGUCUCCAUGACAAGAAAACAUAGAAAAUCGUCCUCUUAUCCUAGUCUACUUCAGGCAAAGUAGAACUGAAUAGAACAUUGUAAUAAUUACGGGGAUAAUCUGGUUCUGCUACAGGAAUUUUACUGGUAUAUGAAUUAUUACUCUGUUUAAUAUUCUAAUAGCAGCAAUAGUAAUGAUAAGAGAAGAGAGUAGAUUGUUUCACCAAUAUAAAGCUUUUGCUGGCUGCUUAUUUCAUCUCACUAAGCACUUUCAAGUCUUAACUGUGCUACCAUCAGUCAGAAACAGUCUCAAGAUGUCCUCUUCUUACUUUCUUAUUGGACUGUAGAGACCCCACAGCUCCAUCACCUACAGACAG